AUGGAAGACACAGAAGCCAAACUUUGCAGUAAUGUCAAAGAAGAAGCAUUCAGAAGGGAAUUGCCAUACUGUACAGGAGAAAUUGACUUCAUGGCUUCCGGAAAGAAACGAGGGAAGUUUGUUAAAGUUCCAUGUGCCAUCCAUCCUGGAGUUAUAUUUGAUAUUAUGAUCAACAAAUGGAACCUACCUGCUCCCAACUUGGUUGUCUCUUUAGUUGGAGAAGAAGAAAACUUCCAAAUGAAACCUUGGUUACGGGACACCUUAAGAAAAGGACUUGUAAAGGCUGCAGAAAGCACUGGUGCCUGGAUCUUUACCAGCGCUCUACGUGUUGGAAUAACGAGGCAUAUAGGGCAAGCAGUCCAAAAUCACAUGCUGGCUAGUACUUCAGCCAGAGUAAGAGUGAUUGCAAUAGGAAUAACUUCACUGGGAAAAAUUCAGCACAGAGAGAUUCUGGACAAUGUGAAGAAUGAAAAUCUUGUAUGCUACAAGUCAGAUGAUAACGGCCAAGGGCCACUGUACUCCCUUGACAACAAUCACUCCCAUUUUAUUUUGGUGGAUCAGAUAAAUCCAGAUGAGCCAGAUGGAACUACUAAACUACGGCUCACCUUGGAGAAACACAUUUCAGAACAGCGCACUGGGUAUGGAGGAACAGGUAGCAUUGAAAUCCCUGUGCUUUGUUUACUGGUAAAUGGAGGACCAAAAACACUUGAGAGAAUUUGCAGGGGCUUGGAAAACUCUGCUCCCUGGCUUAUCUUAGCAGGAUCUGGGGGUACAGCUGACAUCUUAGCUGCAGUAGUGAAUGAGCCACAGCUUAUUGUGCCACAAGUUGUUGAAAAGCAACUUAAAGAGAAAUUCCCUACGGAAAACUUUUUAUGGAAGGACAUUCUGCAGUGGACAGCAACAAUUCAGAACAUUGUUUCCCAGCAGCAUCUUUUAACAGUGCACAGUUUUGAGCAAGAAGGUUCAGAUGAAUUAGACACAGUCAUUUUGAAAGCUUUGGUCAAAGCCUGUAAAAGUCACAGUCAGGAAGCUCAGGAAUACCUGGAUGAACUGAAGCUGGCAGUGGCCUGGAAUAGAGUGGACAUAGCUAAAAGUGAAAUAUUCAAUGGAGACGUGGAAUGGAAGUCCUGCGACCUAGAGGAAGUGAUGAUGGAUGCUCUGGUGAAUGAUAAGCCAGAAUUCGUAAAGUUAUUUAUCGACAAUGGGGCCAACGUGUACGACUUCCUGACGUACAGCCGGCUUCAGAGGCUCUACUGCUCUAUCUCUCGGAAAUGCCUCCUCUAUGCACUCCUGCUGAAGAAACACGAGGAAAGCAGGCUGACACUAGCAGGGAUCACGGGUCAACAACAGAAGGAAAUGAUGGACGUCUGCCCGCUCUUUAGCCUCCAUGAAGUUUCUAGAGUUCUCAAGGAUUUUCUUCAUGAUGCAUGUAAAGGUUUCUAUCAAGAGGUCAAGCCAGGAAGCAAGAAGAAAGCUGAUAAAACAAAUGCAAAACGAUUACCUGGGCUCCUGGAUAUGAACCAGAAGAGUGAGAAUCCCUGGAGGGAUUUAUUUUUAUGGGCAGUACUUCAAAACCGGCACAAGAUGGCAAACUAUUUCUGGGCUAUGGGACAAGAAGGUGUAGCUGCAGCUUUGGCAGCUUGUAAGAUUCUCAAGGACAUGUCCCGACUGGAGACUGAGGCUGAAGUAGCCCGUAGGAUGAAAGAAGCCAAGUAUGAUCAGCUCGCUCUGGAGCUAUUCAGUGAAUGCUAUCACAACAGUGAGGAACGAGCUUUUGCUUUACUGGUGAGGAAAAACCAAUACUGGAGCAAAACCACCUGUCUCCACUUGGCUACAGAAGCAGACGCUAAGUCUUUCUUUGCACAUGAUGGUGUCCAGGCCUUCUUGACAAAAAUCUGGUGGGGAGACAUGUCAACAAGCACGCCAAUCCUGAAAUUAAUCUGCGGGUUCUGGUGUCCUCUUCUAAUCUACACUAAUCUAAUAGCAUUCAGUGAGCAAGUACAAUCAAAGAAUGAGCCAGAGACAUUCAGAGAGCUAGACAGCCUAGACACAGAAAGGACUUUGCUUUUUUCCAAGGAGGGGGAUAGGGUAGAUGUCAAAGUAGAGAAGCAGAGGUCUGCUGAAAACAUAGCAUGGGCAACAUUCAUGUUUACUCGCUGGAAAAAGUUUUGGAGUGCCCCUGUAACAGUGUUUAUGGGGAACGUUAUCAUGUAUUUUGCUUUUCUGUUUCUAUUUACCUAUGUCUUGUUACUGGAUUUUAAACCAGCACCACCUGAGGGUCCCUCUGUUAAGGAGAUUAUACUUUACUUUUGGGUUUUUACAUUGGUCUUGGAAGAAAUCCGACAGAGUUUCUUUACAGAUGAAGACAUGAAUUUAAUUAAGAAAUUUAAACUGUAUGUGGAGGAUAACUGGAAUAAGUGUGAUAUGGUGGCCAUCUUUCUGUUUAUAAUUGGAGUGACCUGCAGAAUGCUGAACUCAACAUUUCAAGCUGGCCGUACAGUACUUGCCAUUGAUUUCAUGGUGUUCGCUCUGAGACUGAUACAUAUUUUUGCCAUUCACAAGCAACUAGGGCCAAAGAUCAUAAUUGUGGAAAGAAUGAUGAAGGAUGUUUUCUUCUUUCUCUUUUUCCUGAGUGUAUGGCUCAUUGCCUAUGGUGUGACGACUCAAGCCUUACUCCAUCCUGAUGACAGCCGAGUGGAAUGGAUAUUCAGAAGGGUGCUUUAUCGUCCCUACCUUCAGAUAUUUGGGCAGAUUCCACUGGAUGAAAUAGACACAUCUCGCAUGCGUCUUCAGAACUGUACCUCUACCCUGAAGAGUCCACAAGAAAAUUCACCAUUAUGUUCUAAUACCUAUGCCAACUGGCUUGUCAUACUUCUGUUGGUCAUUUUCUUACUGGUCACCAAUGUGCUACUUAUGAAUCUCCUGAUUGCAAUGUUCAGUUAUACUUUUCAAGUUGUUCAGGGCAACGCAGACAUCUUCUGGAAAUUUCAGCGUUACAACCUGAUUGUGGAAUACCAUGGCCGUCCAGCCUUGGCACCGCCAUUUAUCAUUAUUAGCCACAUGCAUCUGAUUCUCCGAAGAAUCUUUAAAAAGAUGGAGCACAAAAAGGAACAUCUGGAAAGAGAUCUGCCAGACAGCCUGGAUCAAAAAAUCAUAACAUGGGAGGUGGUCCAAAAGGAAAAUUAUCUUGCAAACCUGGAACAAAAGGAAAAAGAAAGUAACGAAGAGAGACUAAAGAAAACAUUUAACAAGGUAGACAACCUGUCUAAAUAUUUUAGUGGAAUGAAAGAGCAAGAGAAACGGCUAAGAUCUCUAGAAUCACAAGUUAACUACUGUUCAGCUGUUAUUUCUUCCAUGGCAGAUACUUUAAGCAAAAAUAACCUCUUGUGCAAUAGACCAGUUCCAAAAUAUACAAGUUUUAUGAAUACCAGCACAAAUCAAACAAUCCUACUAGAAAGAAGCAAAGGUAAAGAGCAUACAGAAGAGUCUGAAAAUGACAUGAUGUACAUUGAUAAUUAA